CAACAGCCAGUCUUGUAUACAUUUUACGCGCGCAACAGAUGGUGAUAACUGUGAGCAGUGAUAGAAUAAAAGUGCAGUAGUUGCACAGGAUUGUUGUCAUGAUUAGCAUUUAGUUGCACAUUAUUUAUCGGGUUUUUGACGAAUAACUUCUGUUACGAGGCUGCACAAUUUGACCAUUUAGAAAUUACAACGGUGUUUUAAUUUUAUAAAGCUUAUAUUCUCUAGACAAUAUGACGAGUAUCCAAACGACGAUACCCUUUAACAUUAGAAAGAAAUGUUCGUUUUAUUCCUUAAAAGAAAAUACUCCAAAGCAAGAAUGUUUUACAAAUGCUGCGCUCAGAAGCACUCCAAUUGCAACAUACACGCCUACGACGAAAAAGCUUAUGGUUUUGAGCAGCAGUGAAUCCGAGUCAGAUUCAGAUACAGAAAACGUUGAGACGUGCUUUAAAGGGGCGAAAAAGGUUCCCAAUCCUAGGACGCCCAAAACUGGACGCAAAUCUAGAAUUGAUGAUACGGACACAUCUCCUCCAAAGCAAAGAAAACAUUCAUCACCCGAGACUCCAUCGACGCUCAUAAGCCACCUCAAUUUAAAAUCUCCCAAAAGGGGAAGUCAAUUAACUCCCAAAAAGUUAUUCACUCCCAAUAAAUACUGCGAUGCUCGAAAAGCAUUGCACAGUUCAGUUCCUGAAAGUUUACCCGGAAGAGAAACGGAAUUAUUAGAGCUAGAAAAUUUCAUUCAGAAGCACUUGAAUGAAGAAUCUUCAGGUUCACUUUAUGUUUCCGGACCACCGGGCACCGGAAAAACCGCUUCUUUAUCUACAGUUAUGGCAAAGUCAAAAUACAAAUCCUCUUUUAAAACCAUUUAUAUCAACUGCACAGCUAUGAAAUCAGCAAGUGCAAUUUAUUCUAAAAUUAUUCAAGAACUAAAUCUGCCGGUACCAAAAUCCACGAAAAGUAGUAAAGCGAUCAUAGAACAAUACUUGAAGACUCGACACAAGAUGUUACUUUUGGUGCUCGAUGAAAUUGAUCAGCUCGAGACUAAAAAUCAGUCCGUUCUCUAUUCGAUUUUCGAAUGGCCAUCGAAACAAAAAUCAAAGCUGGUUUUAAUCGGUAUAGCGAAUUCCUUAGAUUUGACGGACAGAAUGCUGCCGAGAUUGAACGCGAAAUGCGAAUUAAAACCGAAAUUAUUGCACUUUGCUUCGUACUCGAAGCAACAAAUCGAGAAUAUUAUUAUGGAGAGGCUCAAAGAAGCAAAUGUGAUGGAGGUUUUUGCUCCGAAUGCUAUCAAAUUAUUAGCUGGAAAAGUUGCUGCAGUUUCGGGAGAUAUUAGGAGAGCUUUGGAUAUUAGUAGAAGAGUUAUUGAACUGACGGAGUCUCAGAAAAUUCUACAACCGAUGAAUGACAAUGAAGCAAAUACUGCUGGAGAGCUAAAAUCAAAUCCAAUUGACAAAGCAGCUGAUAUGAAAGAUGUGCUUGCGGUUUUGAAUCUAGUAUAUGGUGGCACUCAGACGAUGACUGAAGAGUACAGUUUGCCACUUCAACAGAAGUUGGUACUUUGUUCUUUAAUGCUUAUUCUGAACAAGGGCAAGAAUAAGGACGUUACUGUGUCAAAGUUGCACCAGAUCUACAAUAAAGUUUGCGAGAAACGGCGAAUAAAUGCUGUCGACCAGUCGGAAUUUGUCGGUUUAUGUUCGUUGAUAGAAACUCGUGGAAUUUUGAAAGUCGUCACGAAGAAGCAGAUUCGCUCCUCAAAAGUGGCUUUAGAAUGGGACCAAAAAGACGUGGAAGUAGAGUUGAAGGACAAAGCGUUGAUGUCUGAUAUUAUAAAUGACGUUUCGUGUUUAUGCUAGAGAAUUUUAACUAGUUUGAAAGAGGCUGUUAACGAUUAGGAAUAACGAAUUUUUGUUUUAUUGUAAAUGAAUUGCUUUACGAAAGUUUGACUGUUGAGGCCCGCAAUUAUUUGCUUUUUUUUCAAAUGUUGAAUCGAAUGAUUUCAUUUUUUUAUAUUUGUAAGAAACACAUUGCGCUUUUUCUGACGAUUGUUGGUUACUUGAUUCAUGAAAAAUUCUUCUUUACUUUGAGAAAAACAGUCUUUUAGUGUUUAUAGAUUGAUAUGUAAAAAGAUAGUGCAAUGGAAAUAUUGCAUGGUAUUUAUUGUGUGAAUGGUUAUUUUAAUUAGUCGUUUAAUUGACGAUUUUUAUGGAUUGCACAUUUUUAGAAUAAUAAAUAAUGCAAGAUAUAUGUUUGAAAUAUU